AUGCGAGGUUUCAACAAAACCACUGUGGUUACACAGUUCAUCCUGAUGGGCUUCUCCAGCCUGGGGGAGCUCCAGCUGCUGCUUUUUGUCAUCUUCCUUCUCCUAUACGUGACAAUCCUGGUGGCCAAUGUGACCAUCAUGGUCGUUAUUCGCUUCAGCUGGACUCUCCGCACUCCCAUGUAUGGUUUUCUAUUCAUCCUUUCAUUUUCUGAGUCCUGCUACACUUUUGUCAUCACCCCUCAGCUGCUGGUCCACCUGCUCUCAGACACCAAGACCAUCUCCUUCGUGGCCUGUGCCACACAACUCUUCUUCUUCCUUGUCUUUGCCUGCACCAAUUGCUUCCUCAUCGCUGUGAUGGGGUAUGAUCGCUAUGUAGCAAUUUGUCACCCUCUGAGGUACACACUCAUCAUGAACAAAAGGCUGGGGUUGGGGUUGAUUUCUCUUGCGGGAGCCACAGGAUUCUCUAUUGCUUUGGUGGCCACCAACCUCAUUUGUGACAUGCCUUUUUGUGGCCCCAACAGGGUUAAUCACUAUUUCUGUGACAUGGCACCCGUUAUCAAGUUAGCCUGCACCGACACCCAUGUGAAAGAGCUGGCUUUAUUUAGCCUCAGCAUCCUGGUGAUUAUGGUGCCUUUUCUGUUAAUCCUCAUAUCUUAUGGCUUCAUAGUUAAUACCAUCCUGAAGAUCCCCUCAGCUGAGGGUAAGAGGAAGGCCUUUGCCACCUGUGUCUCACACCUCACUGUGGUCUUUGUCCACUAUGGCUGUGCCUCUAUCAUCUAUCUGCGGCCCAAGUCCAAGUCUGCCUCGGACAAGGAUCAGUUGGUGGCAGUGACCUACACAGUGGUAACUCCCUUACUUAAUCCUCUUGUUUACACUCUGAGGAACAAGGAGGUAAAAACUGCAUUGAAAAGAGUUCUUGGAAUGCCUGUGACAACCAAGAUGAGCUAACAAAAAUAAUAAUAAUUUUAAAAAAAUUAACCAGGACAGUCACAGAAGAAAUCAAAGCAUAAAAUUUUCUGACCUUUGAAGCAUGUCUCAGACAGUGUUUCCAAGGAUUAAGACUACUUGUUGCCUUUUUAUUUACUCCUAUUCAAAAAAAAAAUGCAAGUCAGUCUACAAACUAUAUUGUCCAAUGUCUGGUUAAAAAAAAAAGAAUUAGGCCGGGCGCAGUGGCUCAAGCCUGUAAUCCCAGCACUUUGGGAGGCUGAGACGGGUGGAUCACGAGGUCGAGAGAUCGAGACCAUCCUGGUCAACAUGCUGAAACCCUGUCUCUACUAAAAAUACAAAAAAUUAGCUGGGCAUGGUAGUGCAUGCCUGUAAUCCCAGCUACUCAGGAGGCUGAGGCAGGAGAAUUGCCUGAACCCAGGAGGCGGAGGUUGCGGUGAGCCGAGAUCGCGCCAUUGCACUCCAGCCUGGGUAACAAGAGCGAAACUCCGUCUCGGGAAAAAAAAAAAAAGAAUUUACACUCGACAAAAAGAGAAAAGCGUGAAAGCUUUUCAAGGAAUGUCACAACCCAAAACAAAUAUAAGGACAGGAAUUGCUUUUCCGGUUGGAGAGACAGAACAGGGUCUGAAGUGACUGGGAGCAUUUUAUCCAGGACACAGGCAUUCAUCUAAUAAUACAUUCAUCUGUGUGCCAAGUCCAUUCAAAGAGUACAAAUUACAAUGAACAAAUAUAUAGUUUAUGGAGGUUGGGACUGGGUGGGUGGAAAGAUGAACACUGAAAAAAUAUGAUAAUGCAAGAUAAUCAGAUCAGUUAAAAGAACAUAAAUAAAGCGUUAUGAAUUUCAAAGAAACAAGUAUUUAUUUCAUCUGAAAGGGAAAAAGAUUUAGAAUAAGUGGGAUGAAAAGAAGGGAGAGAAAAUGUAAACUGGGCCUUAAAUGAGGAACAAGAUAGUAAUACUAAGAAACCGGGUUUUACAGUGAUGAAAAUGUUAGUCCAUAGGAUCAGAAUUGUUGAUAAUUCUAGAUUUUUAUUAUGUUUAUUGUAAAUUAAACUUUAUUUCUGUUUGUAGUUUUUGUUUUGUUUUCACAUAGCGAUAUGUUUAAGUCUUUCAGAUGAUGUAAUUUUAUUUAAUAAUAGACUAAAAAUACGCAAUAAUGACAUCCUCAUGCUUGCUGAUCAAAGAGAACACAGUGCUCUGAAGAGGCAAAAAUGGCCGUAAUCUCUAUGAUGAUCAUAGCCUAACACUUAUACGAACCUAACAUUUUAUUGAUUACAAUAAUAUAAUUUGAAUUACAAACACUGAUGAGAAUUGAUUUUAAAUCUAAACUCUAUCAUUUUCAAGCCACAUAAUUUAAGAAAUGUUAUUUAAAACUAUUGAAACAGAUGAGGUUUGAAUUUUUUCGUCUGGACAGCUAAGAUUUCCUUUUGAGUAAAUAUGUCAACUAUCUCGUUCUCACAGUGCUUGUCUCUAGCUGAGGGAGUCAAUUACUGUUAAUUAGAUUCUUUUUCUGCACAGAGACCCAAUCCAUGCCAGAAUUAAAACCUUCUCAUUUGUUAAAAUUGUGUUACAUCUCACAAAUGAAAAGCUUAAAUAUCAUUACUUGUAUGACUGUGAAAAUUACAUAUAAAAUAUUUUUUGAGACAAGGUUUCACUCCUGUCACCCAGGCUGGAGUGCAGUGGUGCGGUCUUGGCUCACUACAGCGUCUGCCUCUGGGAUUCAAGCUGUUCUCGAGCUUCAACCUCCUACUCAGGAGGGAUUACAGGUGCCCGACACUGUGCCCAGCUAAUUUUUGUAUUUUUUGUAGAGACGGGUUUUCACCAUGUUGGCCAGGCUGGUUUCUGGCCAACUCCUGACCUCAAGAGUCAGCCUCCCAAAGUGCUGGGAUUACAGGCAUGAGCCACUACCCCGGCCAAAAAUAAUUCUCUGUAACAAAUUAACCAGCAUGCUCUAUUCCCUCUGUAAAGCACCCUGACUGAUUUCCAUGGCACGACGAACACUCAUCUUUAACAGAUUACUUUCUAUUGUGCCUGCACAUUUCUGCCCUUACAAACUGUAGUGAGGAUUGGGGGUUGUGUUCAAAACCACUUCUAACAGUUGUAUUUAUUAUUCUACUUACUCUAUUUAUAAAAUAUAAUUUUGUACUAUGUAAUCUAAUAAAGUAUAACUGCAAAAAGUCAUUUGUUUCUAAUACAGCCAGGUGAGUGUUUUGGAAGGACUAAAUAUGAGAAGGAAUAUAAAAUCAAAACUCUAGAAGUCCUGUUCGUUUGGAUUUUCAAGUGUCUCUAAGUUGCUGCUCAUAUUUAAAUUCACCAAAAUGAAUGUAAUGCAUUGCGAGUGGGCUUAUGCUAGAGGUACUCUGAAGAACUCUAGUCAAGUAGUCCAACACUCAAAGUAAAAGCUUUAUCCUUACAUGAAUAUACUCAUAAAUAUAUGCAUUUUAAGUGGUUUGACUUAAAACAUUUUAGUGUGUAAGAGUCAUCUUUUUUAUUUUCAACUCUGUCAGACUUUGGGUUAAUCAACCAAUUACCUGGCCCUGUGGGUAGAUGUGAAGGUUCUGCUGGGUUUUCUGAUUCACUAUGUACUGCUGUCUUUCCCGCCAGCCACAAUAUCAGGAGUAGGAUUGUCCUACAUGACAGGCAGGCAGUGCUGGGUUACUGACUCAUCGCAAUGGUCGACAGUCACGGUUCUUUGAGGGAUAUUAAUCUAUUUCUCCCAGGUAAAUUAAAACUCUCUCACACUUGUACUCUCCAGAUUUUAACUAUGCCCUCCUUUACUUCCCAUUCAUAAUGCUGUAUGAACCACCAGCUUUCCUCUGGUACACUGAGUCAAAAUUUGUCCUGUUGUGUAAGCAUUUCAGACCCCAAGCUGCCAUCACUCUUUGCUUUAUGAGGAUAAGUGUCUACUACACAGGAGCUGCUCCUUUCGAACACUCAGAAGACAAUUUCAUCAUGACAUUAUGUGUACAUUUAUCAAAACGUCACACUGUAUGCAAUAAAUAUGUACAAGAAAAACGCUGAAAGAUCUAGCUACCCUUUUUUCUCUAAAACAAUGGGACAAAUCACUUAAGGCAAAUGUAGUCUUGCAACUUCAGGGCCUCCUCUAUGUACCUUUUCAAGUGUGUCUACCUACCUGCCUGUGAAAAUUUAUUCUGGUGAUUCGAAGAUGAUUUUCUCACUGGAAAAAUAGGAAAAUUAAAGAAAAAAUAUUUGAGAUUAGAACCAGCAGUAUACUCCCUCUAGCAGGGUAUUCCCUACUAGCUGUUAUCUUUUCUACUGAAUUAAAAUGUAAGCUUGAAAGGAAAAUUACUUGAAGUGUUUUAUAAAAUGUCACAUUUAACCAGAGUGUGAAUUUUAAGGAAAACAAUUUCUAUUUACUGUCUCCAUUAAGUAACCUAGGAAAAUACCUAUUACAUGUCUCAAAAGAGAAAGUCGUAGUUUUCUUUCUCUUUGUAAUGAUGUGUGAAUAUAAGAUUUUUA